AUGGGAGCUGGCAAAUCAAAUCGAAGUGAACUCCAUAGAGAGACAGUAAUAAUCCAGAAAAGACUAAAGCUAGAGUCUGAAAUUGAGAAUAUUUUUGGGGACUUCCCAAAAAUUGAGGAUCUCAAUUUUACGAAAUCUAAGUUUAAUUAUCUCCAUUAUAUUGUUUUUGUGCAUAAUCAUCUGUUGUUUGGAUCGUGAUUAGAAUCACCCAGAGCUAGGAAGAUACUGUUAGAAUCUCGACUUCCAAAUGGAGACAGAUUGAUCCAUACAGCUAUUAAUAAUCAUAAUGAAUAUGCUGUUGAACAAAUUUUAAAGAUCAGCCAGAACAAAGAGCAAUUUUCCAAAAAUUGAAAUGGGCUUUUAGCUUAUGAGCUAGCCAGAAUCAGGGAAAAUCCAGACAUUAUUAGUCUAUUUGAAAUUCUAAAGCAAGAAAGUGAGGUAAAGAACUAUAAAAAGCAAGAAGAAUCUAAGCUUGAUACUACCAAAGAAACUCGCGGUUCAAAGCUACCAUCUAUAAUGCCAAAUAGUGAUGUUUCUGAACCCAAAAGUGGCAAUGAUAAUGCUAAAAAUGACCAAAAUGUUAAAGAUAAUAAGAAAUCUGCAUCAGAAGGUUUGGAAGAACUUAAGGAGAUGAGCCUCGCACUUGAGACUAUCCAGAGUAAGGAUCCUGCCAGUAAGCCACAAGGGAAAGAGCCUAGUUAUUUAGAGAGUCUCACUGAUAAUUAUAGUGAUGGCUUGGCUCAAAAAUCUGAGUCAAAGCUGCUCUAA